CCACAAGCCUUUCGUCCCAAGGAAGAAAAUUUGUGGUGUUUAUUAUUGUGAGCAUUGAAAUUACGUUGCCCACAAUACAUGUGUGAUAAAGGAGGAUGUCCUAGAUGAAACAACUGCGAUGGAACAAGAAAAUCAAAAUCUCUAUGCCGCAACGAUCGAGACCAUUGAUCAUGACUCCAAAAAUAUGAUACUAAUUGCUGAGCCGGCCCAUAAGUUGAACUUGGAGCAGAACCAACUAGAAUUAGGUGCGCAGAUCAAGCACUUCAGUCAUGAUCAACAUUUCUUAUCCCUGACUGAUCAUCAUGAGGCAGUUAAAGAUAUUUCUGAUAGAAUAACUACUUGUCACUGCUGCAUUCGACCAAUCACUGUCGCUGAUGCCUUUUAUAGCUGCACAGAACAACAGUCAUGCCAUUUCUUUCUCCACAAAACCUGUGCUCAAUUGCCCACACAGAGACUUCACCCAUUUCAUCCACACCCACUCAAACUUCUCUCAAGGGCACCUAAGGUAUGCUCUACUGGCGGCGUGUUUGAGUGUGAUUUCUGCAGAAGUUUUAGCCAAGGUUUCCUCUACAGUUGUGAAAGAUGUGACUUCUACCUUGACCUGCAAUGCAGUUUCCUUUCGGACUCUUUUACACAUCAGCCUCAUGAACACCCUCUUGUUGUCAACACAGCGAAUAUCAUGAGGAGAAACUCCAACAGCAAGCAUCUCAUACCGAAGAAGCCACCCCCCGGGAUAUUAAAGUAUCUACACAAGCAGCUCAAGCCCCCAUCAAGUUCCAAGGACUUCUGUAGGGGUUGUGGUUUUUCUAGUCCACUAGCUGCCUACUUCAGUUGUAUGAAAUGCAACUUUCAUAUCUGUAUUCCUUGCAUUAAACUACCUCCUACCGCAAGCCAUAGAUACGAAAAUCAUCCUCUCAAGCUCACUUAUCGCAGUGUUCAAAGCAGCCUAGGUGAUCAUUACUGUGCAAUAUGCGAAGGAAAACGAGAUCCAUCACAUUUGUUCUACUACUGUGAAGAAUGUGAUUUCGACUGCCAUCCUCAUUGCAUUUUGGGGAGGUAUUCUCAAGUCAAAUUAGGGAGCACUUAUAAGCAUAGUGCUCACCCCCACAUCCUCACUCUUGUUGAUACGUGUCAUUCCUUUUGA